CAACUCUCCCUUGGAUUGAAGCGGACGACACUCCCUCUCCCUCGGCGGCGGCGGCGGCGGCGGCGAGAGGCGGGCGGGGAGAUGGUGAAGGCGCGGAUGACGACGGCGGACGUGGCGGCGGAGGUCAAGUGCCUCCGCCGCCUCAUCGGCAUGCGCCUCUCCAACGUCUACGGCAUCACCCCCAAGACAUAUCUUUUCAAGCUGAUGAACAGCAGUGGAAUCACUGAGUCAGGGGAAAGCGAGAAGGUUUUGUUGCUGAUGGAAAGUGGUGUUAGGCUGCAUACCACCCAAUAUGUCCGUGACAAGAGCACCACACCAUCUGGUUUCACUCUCAAGCUACGAAAACACAUUCGAAGCAAGAGACUUGAAGAUGUCCGUAUGCUUGGAUACGAUAGGAUUAUCCUGUUUCAGUUUGGACUUGGCAGUAACGCGCAUUUUGUCAUUUUAGAACUAUACGCACAAGGAAAUAUACUUCUUACAGAUUCCGAAUACACAGUGCUGACACUACUCCGUUCACACAGAGAUGAUAACAAGGGAUUGGCUAUCAUGUCGCGUCACCGCUACCCAGUAGAAGCAUGCCGUGUUUUUGAAAGGACUGACUUUACAAAGUUAAAAGACACGCUGAUGAUGAAUGCAGUUGAUGAUAAAGAAUCUUCUCAAGUUACACCCGGUUCAAUUGAUGCUCAAGAACCUUCUGUAACCCCCAGUGAUGGAGUGCCGGUUACUGAUAAAUCUGAAGAACCAUCUACAACAACAGGAAAGAAGUCAGCUUCAAAAAACAAGCAGUCAAGUUCAAAUGCAAAAGCUAGUAAUAAUGCUCCAUCAAAUAAAUCAACUCUAAAGACACUUCUUGGGGAAGCAUUGGCUUAUGGGCCUGCAUUAGCUGAGCAUAUCAUAUUGGAUGCUGGAUUGCUUCCAAGUACAAAGGUUGGGAAAGACCCAGAGAGCAGUAUUGAUGAUCACACUAUUCAGUCCCUAGUAGAAUCCAUUUCAAAGUUUGAGGAUUGGCUUGUAGAUGUCAUGUCUGGUCAAAGGAUCCCUGAGGGGUACAUCCUCAUGCAGAAUAAGGCGGCUGCAAAGAAGAACCUCACACCUUUGGAGGGGUCUAGUGCUAGUCAGAAGAUAUAUGAUGAAUAUUGCCCUGUCCUGUUGAAUCAAUUUAAGUCAAGGGAAUUCAAUGAAUUUGAGACAUUUGAUGCUGCUCUAGAUGAGUUCUACAGCAAAAUAGAGAGUCAAAGGGUGAAUCAACAGCAAAAAUCAAAAGAGGACUCAGCGGCACAAAGGCUUAAUAAAAUUAAAUUGGAUCAGGAAAAUCGUGUACAUACAUUGAGAAAGGAGGUUGACCAUUCCAUCAAAAUGGCAGAAUUAAUUGAGUAUAAUUUAGAGGAUGUGGAUGCUGCAAUUGUAGCUGUCCGCGUUUCCCUUGCAAAUGGAAUGAGUUGGGAUGCCCUUGCUCGCAUGAUUAAAGAAGAGAAAAAGGCUGGAAACCCAGUAGCAGGUCUAAUCGAUAAGCUUAGUUUUGAAAGAAAUUGCAUCACUCUACUUCUAAGCAAUAAUCUUGAUGACAUGGAUGAGGAGGAGAAAACUGCACCUGUUGAAAAGGUAGAGGUUGACCUAUCACUUUCUGCGCAUGCAAAUGCCAGGCGGUGGUAUGAACUAAAGAAAAAACAGGAAAGCAAACAAGAGAAGACUGUCACAGCACAUGAGAAAGCAUUCAAAGCAGCAGAGAAGAAGACACGUCUUCAGCUUGCUCAGGAAAAAACUGUCGCUGCAAUCACUCAUAUGCGCAAAGUUCACUGGUUUGAGAAGUUCAAUUGGUUCAUCAGCAGUGAAAAUUACCUGAUUAUUAGUGGCCGCGAUGCUCAACAAAAUGAGUUGAUUGUCAAGCGGUACAUGUCGAAAGGAGAUCUCUACGUGCAUGCUGAGUUACAUGGAGCUUCCAGUACAAUCAUCAAGAAUCACAAACCUGAUAAUCCCAUUCCACCAUUGACAUUAAACCAAGCAGGAUCUUUCACUGUUUGCCACAGCAAAGCAUGGGAUUCAAAAAUUGUUACCAGUGCUUGGUGGGUGUAUCCUUAUCAAGUUAGCAAAACAGCUCCCACUGGCGAGUACCUAACAGUGGGUAGUUUUAUGAUCCGUGGCAAGAAAAAUUUUCUCCCACCUCACCCCCUUGUUAUGGGAUUUGGUAUUCUAUUCCGUUUGGAUGAGAGCUCCUUGGCAUCUCAUCUAAAUGAAAGGAGGGUCAGGGGUGAAGACGAGGAGGCCCUUCCUGAUGUUGAGUCUCAGAAGCUGGAAAGUAAUGCUGAAUUGGAUGGUGAACUUGACAGUGAUAGUGAGACUGGCAAGGAGAAACAUGAUGAUGAAUCAAGCUUGGAUAAUAUCAAUGUUAAAAAAAUUGACAAUCCCAUCCCUUCUAAUGCACCUUAUGUUAAGGAUAAUGCUGAUUCAUCUGAGCAGCUUUCUGAAAUCCGAACUGUGGUAAACAGCACUACUUCCACUUCCAAGGGACAAACAAGUGAUCGCACUGUUUCAUCACAACUUGAGGAUCUGCUUGAUAAGAAUCUUGGUCUUGGGCCAACUAAGGUGUUAGGCAGAAGCUCUUUGCUCAGCAGUAAUUCUGCAAGCGUGGCAGAUGACAUUGAUGAUCUUGAUACGAAGAAAACAUCAGUAAGAGAUAAACCAUACAUAUCUAAAGCAGAUAGAAGAAAACUGAAGAAAGGUCAGAAUGUUGGUGAUUCUACCAGUGACUCUCCAAAUGGUGAAGCUGCCAAAAAGCCUGUUAACUCACAGCAAGAAAAAGGAAAGACAAUCGAAAAGCCUGCUAAUCCUAAAGUAAGUCGUGGACAGAAGGGCAAGCUUAAGAAGAUUAAAGAGAAGUAUGGAGAGCAGGAUGAAGAAGAAAGAGAAAUCCGGAUGGCUUUACUUGCGUCCUCUGGAAGGGCCUCACAAAAGGAUAAACCUUCAGAAGAUGUAGAUGGAGCCACUGCAGCUCAAUCAAAACCAUCGACUGGUGAAGAUGACAGAUCAAAAAUUUGUUAUAAAUGCAAAAAAUCUGGACAUCUUUCUCGUGAUUGCCCUGAAAGUACAUCUGAGGUGGAUCCUGCUGAUGUCAAUGUUGGUAGAGCCAAAGAUGGUAUGGAUAGAAGCAGCGCCCCUGCUGGUAGCAGCGUUACCAUGGAUGAAGAUGACAUCCAUGAGCUCGGUGAUGAAGAGAAAGAGAAGUUAAUUGAUUUGGACUACCUAACUGGAAAUCCACUGCCAAGUGAUAUUUUGCUAUAUGCUGUACCAGUUUGUGCCCCUUACAACGCAUUGCAGGCAUACAAAUAUCGUGUGAAGAUUACCCCGGGAACUGCAAAGAAAGGAAAAGCUGCCAAAACUGCAAUGAGUUUGUUCCUGCACACUGCUGACGCCACAAACCGUGAGAAGGAGCUAAUGAAGGCAUGCACGGACCCUGAAUUGGUUGCUGCCAUUGUAGGGAAUGCCAAGAUCACCGCACCUGGCCUCACUCAACUGAAGCAGAAGCAGAAACAGAAGGGGAAAAAAUCUGCAAAAGAAAACUAGUUCAAAGCUAUCAGAGACCACCCCGUUUUGUCAAGAAAAGUAUUUUUCUCUGCAGAAACAAUGCAAAUGUUUUGGUAUGUUGUCAGGCGCAUUUGGAUGGAGGUGUCACAUGGAUUGGCCCUCAUUCUUGUAAAGUUUAAACAUCUCUUUGGCAUUCAUAGCCAUAGGACAGGAUAUAAUGUAAACAGAUACGGCAGAACAUUGGAACCGAUUGACAAGCUUCAUACGCUUACAAAGGGACGCUGAGUCCCCUUUUGGUGUGUCUUGUGAUGUAUGAAAGCUACAAAAAAAAAAUCAUAGAUUUCACUUUAGCACA